AACCUAUUCUGUCCCAAACUCUGAACAAAUCUGCCAUUUGGUUUACGUCGCACGUGAAAAGAUCGUUCGCGUUACUUUUCAUAUUAAUUUUCCAUUUUAGUUUUUCCCAACUAAAAUGGCACCCAAACAUGGUUUGUUCAACAAGCGUAUUUACAUAGACGCUAAAGAACACUUGCUUGGUAAGUUGGCUUCAUACGUAGCCAAAGCAAUCCUGCAAGGUAAUAAAGUUGUGGUUUUCAACUGUGACAAAAUCAACAUUGCUGGUAGUUUUUACAGGAACAAGAUUAAGUACUUGUCAUUCUUGAGAAAGAGAUGUAAUGUUAACCCAGCUCGUGGACCUUUCCAUCACCGUGCUCCUAGAUGUAUAUUCAGAAGAACUGUCCGUGGUAUGUUUUUUUUUUAAAUUCUAUUUAAGAAA